GAUCCUGAAAGACGCACACCAUUCCAUAGUAUCUCACCUUUUUGAUCAUUCAAUGUAAGAGAGGUAAAAACUAAAAAGGAAGUCUAACAAUUUAGAUAAUAUCUAUAGAUCUGUUAUUUAUGGCCAUGUAUAUAUAAAGGGGUUGGGUGGUGGGGAGGAGAUAUUCAACUGAAAGUCAUUGUUUGAUUCAAGUGUUUUUGUGACCAUGCCAUUCCGUUUCAAUAGAGAAGCAGCUGCAGCUUCUCUUCUUCUACUCAAGAAGAAGGAACAAGGGCUACAAGGUGACCUCCAGAAUGGUUCAACAGAAACCAUUGAGAUUUCUCAGUGCAUGCAACUGCAGCUAAAUGAAAUACAAACCAUAAACUGCGCAUGCUGUGGAAUCUCAGAGGAUUGUACAAUAACAUACAUAAUCCUAGUAAGAGAACAACAUUGCGGCGAAUGGAUUUGCGGUCUAUGUUCAGAGGCGACAAAAGAACUAAGAAGAAGAAAUUCAGGAAUAUCUAUGCAAGAAGCCAUGGAAUCUCAGAAGUUUAUCUGCAAUCAGUUUAAUAAGAACAUUAGACUCAACCCUGAGCUUUCUUUUGCUGGUACAAUGAGGGACAUUGCAAGGAGGAGCUUUCAGAGAAGAACUUCGGAGGACCAUCUUACUUCUUCUAAAGUCAGUAGGAGUGUUAGUUGUGGUGCUAGAUUUCAUAAUUAGG